AUGGGCAACAACUGCACAUUAAGAAGAUCUGUUCAAGUCCAUCCACAAGUUGAUGCUAAACAAGCAUCAAAAUUUUCCAAGGAGGCAGUUUCAAAUCAACGCAUGAGUAUGCAAAGAAUGCAAAAUGUCCUCCUCAUUUGGUUAGACAACACUAUUGAUGAAAAUAAUGCUGAUUGUAGUAAUACAAUCAAGCAAUUGAAGCGUGUAGUUGACAACGUAAUCACGUUUACAGAUCGUGCCCAGUGUUUUAAAUUUAUUCAAACCAUGAAAAACAACAAAGUAUAUAUAGUUGUUUCUGGUUCACUUGGGAAAUAUACUAUGCCUUAUGUGCAUGAUAUGUCACAAGUAAACACCUUUUUUAUUUUUUGUAACAAUCAAGAAUGCCAUAUACAAUGGGCCAAAGAAUGGCCUAAAAUAAAAGGAGUCUCCAUAGAUAUAACAUCCAUCUGUGAAGCCCUUAAACGAGUUGUUUAUCAAUGUGAGCAAGAUGACAUCCCAAUCAGCUUUGUGGCAUCAAACAAGAAAUUGGAUCAAUUAGAUCCAUCAUUCAUGUAUACUCAAAUCUUGAAAGAGAUCUUAUUAACCAUCAACUUCGAAGAUAAACAUAUCAAAGAAUUUAUUACUCAUUGUCGUGAUAUAUAUGCUGAUAAUGAGCAUGAUUUACAUAAUAUUGAAAAAUUGGAACGUGAAUAUCAUGAUCGAAGUCCUAUUUGGUGGUAUACUUAUCAAUAUUUUUUAUGUUCUAUGCUCAAUCAAGCAUUAAGAUUAAUGAAUGUUGAUAUGAUUGUUCGAAUGGGUUUCUUUAUUAAUGAUCUACAUCGUGACAUUCAACGACUCCAUUCGGAACAAGUUGGUGGCAAAAAAUCAGAUGAAACAUUUACAGUUUAUCGUGGACAAGGCGUUUCGAAAAAAGAGUUCACCGAAAUGACAAAAACAAAAGGUGGACUUCUUUCAUUUAACAACUUUCUAUCAACUAGUAAAAAUCUUGAUGUUGGUCUCUGUUUCGCACCACAAGUUCCUGCAAAUCCUGAUCUUGUUGGAGUUCUAUUUGUUAUAUCAAUUAAUCCUACUCAUUCAACAACUCCAUUUGCUUCUAUUAAGGAUGUUAGUUAUUUUGAAACAGAAAAUGAAGUUCUCUUCUCUAUGCAUACCAUUUUUCGCAUCAGAGAUAUUAAACCAAUGGAUGAAAAUAAUCAUCUCUAUCAAGUAAAUUUAAUAUUGACCAAUGACAAAGAUCAAGACCUUCGUACUCUUAUUGAUAGUAUCCGACAAGAGACCUUUCCAGAUGUAGAAGGAUGGUUCAGAUUAGGAUUAUUGCUAAUUAAAAUGGGUCAGUUUAACAAGGCUCGAGAAGUUUAUGAAGUUUUACUUCAUCAAACAACGGAUGAAAGUGACAAGGCACCUAUUUAUAAUCAACUAGGUCAGACCAAACAUAAACAAAGAGAAUAUCCAGAAGCACUUACAUGUUAUGAACAAUCACUUGCUAUCUACGAAAAAAUACUUCCUUCCAAUCAUCUUAAUUUGGGUAAUGUCUAUAGCGACAUCGGUUUGGUGUAUGACAAAAUGGGUGAUUAUCCAAAAGCACUUUCAUCUCAUGAAAAAGCCCUUGCAAUUCGUCAACAGUCACUUUCUUUCAAUCAUCCUGAUUUGGGUGAUUCUUAUAACAACAUCGGUAAUGUGUAUAAGGGCAUGGGUGAUUAUCCAAAAGCACUUUCAUCUCAUGAAAAAGCCCUUGAAAUUCGACAACAAUCACUUCCUCACAAUCAUCCUGAUUUGGGUGGUUCCUAUAACAACAUUGGUUUGGUGCAUAACAACAUGGGUGAUUAUCCAAAAGCACUUUCAUCUCAUGAAAAAGCCCUUGAAAUCAAACAACAAUCACUUCCUUCCAAUCAUCCUAGUUUAGGUGCUUCCCAUAACAACAUCGGUAAUGUGUAUAAGGACAUGGGUGAUUAUUCAAAAGCACUUUCAUCUCAUGAAAAAGCCCUUGGAAUUCGUCAACAGUCACUUUCUUUCAAUCAUCCUGAUUUGGGUGAUUCUUAUAACAACAUCGGUAUUGUGUACAAGAACAUGGGUGAUUAUCCAAAAGCACUUUUUUAUUAUGAGAAAGCCCUUGCAAUCAAACAACAAUCACUUCCGUCCAACCAUCCUGAUUUGGGUGGUUCCUAUAACAACAUCGGUAAUGUGUAUGAGAAUAUGGGCAACUAUGUAAAAGCUCAUUCAUUCUAUGAACGUGCUGUACAAAAUGGACAACAAUCAUUAACAUCAAAUCAUCCUAGACUUCAAAAAUGGAGAAAAAACCUCGAAAACAUAAAAGAGAAAUUAUAA